AGCUAAUGAUAAAUCAAAUGAAAGUAUUUGGAUUACGGGACAUUUAAAUUAAUCAUAUGUUAGUUAAAGGUCAUUUAAGGUCACAAAAGGUCAGAUUGGCUUACUUAUGUAAAUAAGACAUGAUGUGGAACAUACCAUGUUUAAAUACAAGUUAGGUGUUAUAAGUAUUUUUUGCAGAGAUUAAGUUUGAGAGUGUGCAUAUCAAGAAUCCGAUGGAUGCUACAGUUCCUUGGCAUCUUGAGGAAUUUUAUUUUUCUGACAUCAUAAACCACACCAACUUUCAGUUUAAAUGUUACUUUAUAUUUAGCAGAAUAAACAUAUAUAUGUGUUUGAAAUCACAUCAGUUAAAAUGCAAAAUAAAAUCCACAUAGGAUCCUAAUAUGAAUCACUGCACAUUUAAAAUGUGUCCAGGGCUAUUAAAGGUCAUAAAAGGUUAAAUUGGGUCAAAGUAAUGCAACAAUGUGGAAUAUAAAUCAUGUUUGGAAUACAAACAAGUCAGGCAUUUUCUAUUCUAGGCUGAAAGUUACGUUGAGUAUGUGCAGAUAAGAAUAUGACAAAGGCUACUUUGGCAACCUUUGGUAACUUUAUUUUCUGACACUAAACCACACCAUUUUCAUAUAGGUCAACCUCUUAAUUAUGACUUAUCUUGUGUACAAUAUAAACAUCAUGUUUGGUAUCAAAAGCUUAUGGAAAAAAGAAUGUACAUUUAAAGGUUAUAAAAAAAACAGUGUUCUCAUUUUGGGUUCUGCAUACUGAUGGAAAAGUAAUUGACAUUAAAGGUAUGGCAUUGCUGUUUGUAGAAAAAAGCUAGCUUUGCACUGAUAAUUCCCUAUCAGGUUGUGAUACCACACUGUGCCAAUUUGGCAAUUAAGGGAAAGUUCUUAAAUUAGACAUCCCAUACUACAACUUCCAGCAAAAAAAUCUCAGUCAUACCCAACUUGACGGUCAUGCAAUAAUUUUCAUCAUAUCUACCUGACUAUUUUGCUGUGAUUAAGUUAAAUGGGAAAGUAUCCUUAAUAAACUGAAGUGGACAUCAUGUUUGCACAAGUUUUCUUUGUUAUGGUAUCAUAAAAUCACUGAAGGUUGUACUUUGCUACUGAGUCGCUUAUUCGUAUGUAUGGAAAAUCCAUUGCUUAAUUUCAGUAAUGAAAUUUGUUUUUUAAUGGAUGAAAAAAAGGCUCAUAAGAAAUAUGGAAACAAAAUUUAACAAAGAAACAAAAUACUUAAUAUACAAAACAGGAAAAAAAAAGACAUGAAAGAAUAUGAAUUCUUGCUCAUAUUUUUAAUAGGGUUAAUUAUAUGAUUAAUAAAAGAAAAUAUUUUCUCUUGUUUUAUCUACAUUAAAUCUAGAUACUACCGUAGUAAUGCAGCUAGAGAGCGGAUCUACUGGCGAUGCCCUAGAGCAAAUUGUGGGGAGACGAUUAUCACAAAUCGGUUCCUUCUAGAUGAACAGAAUCCAGUGAUUCGCAUACUUCGUAAUGUUUUAGAGAAUCACAGCCAUCCCCCAGAAGAUGACCAUAUACGCCGCAGACAAUUCGUAGAUGAAGUUGCUGAUACAAUCCGCCAAGAUCCAACGCUUACAAUCAGAAGAGCUUAUGACACAGUUUUUGAACAUGGCCAUAUCAAUCCGAGAGAGGUUCCUGCGUUUGCUGAAAUUAGGAGUCAGUUACAGAGAGUUAGGGCAUCCUUAUGUCCGCCUGUUCCAAGAAGGAUUGAUGACCUGCAAAUAGAUGGAGUGUGGGCGCAGAGUUGGAACGGGGAGAGGAGGAAGCUUUUCCAUGAUAAUGAGGACGGGGUAGUCUUGUUUGCUACUGAUGAAGAGCUCAUCGCCCUACAGGAAUGUCCUGUCCUUUUUUUUGACGGGACAUUCAGGACAACGCCCAGGCCAUAUGCUCAGAUAGUCUCGGUCCAUGGCCAAUACAGAAAUACUGACUGGAUCAUCCCAUUAGGUAUGGCACUGCUCGGAGGAAAGACCCAAAGACACUACGAGGUGCUGCUCGAGGCCCUUAAAGAUGGUGUCCUUGCCAUCACCGGAAGGAGACUUGAGCCCAGACAAUGUAUCACAGAUUUCGAAGCUGCCUUAAUGAUUGCGAUUCGGGCAGCAUUUCCGCAGACAAGAUCUUAUGGAUGCUACUUUCAUUUUUGUAGUAGUCUAUACCGAAAGAUACAAGAUCUAGGAUUGCAAGUAGCAUAUAGACGCAAUGAAGAUUUGAAGGACUGCGUUAGGAGAAUUAUGGCUAUAGGAUACCUACCACUGGCCCAUGUUCGAGGAUCCUUUGACAACCUGCGCAAUGACCCGGCCACGGUUCGGCUGGUGGCGGAUUUCCCUCAUUUCAAUGAAUUCCUGGACUAUUUCCAGAUUACAUAUCUCAACGGGAAUCUUUUUCCACCGUGUCUGUGGAACGUUCACCAAAGACCAAUGGCACAACGGACCAACAACGCCGUAGAAAGUUUCCAUAGGCGAUGGAAUGCACAGAUAGGAAGAGCUCAUCCAUCCCUCUGGGCAGUAAUUCGUCGCAUGAAGAAGGAAGGAAAGCGGACUGAGUCAUCCUUGGCCAAGGCCCUUCGUGGGGAUCGCCCUCCCAGGAUCAAAAGAAAAUGGAGGAGGUUGGAGAGACGUAUCGACAUACUUAAUGCAAGUCUCCGAGAUGGCGGCCAUACUUUGGCAGAGUACUGGGCAGCUGUUGUUUAUGUAACACAUGAGUUUCAUUAAGCAUGGAUAGUUUUUGUCUCGCCCACCAGAGGUGAAGGCGAGACUUAUAGGGAUCCAAAUGUCGUCGAUCCGUCACAAACCU